AUGAAAGUCAAUCUGCUCUCGCUAUCAGCAUGGGCUGCUCUAGCCAAUUCAGUUCUGGCCAAGCAGCCAAACAUCCUCUUCAUCAUCACUGAUGAUCAAGAUGGACACAUGGGAUCGGUCGAGCACAUGCCUCUGCUCAAAAAGCACUUGAUCGACAAGGGAACCUCUUACGAAAACCACUUUUGUACAAUUGCCAUUUGCUGCCCUUCGAGAGUCAAUCUUUGGACUGGAAGAGCUGCUCACAACACCAAUGUCACUGAUGUUGGCCCGCCUUAUGGAGGUUACCCCAAGAUUGUCAAGGAGGGUAUCAAUGAUGACUAUCUUCCUUUGUGGAUGCAAGCUGCUGGAUACAACACUUACUACACUGGCAAGCUAUGGAAUGCUCAUACCAUUAACAACUACGACCAACCUUUCGUCAAGGGCUACAAUGGUUCGGACUUCCUGCUGGAUCCCUUCACCUACGACUAUUGGCACGCCAGGAUGACCAGAAACGGAGAGGCACCUAAGGACUACUCGGGCCAAUACUCGCCUGAUGUCGUGGCUGACAAGGCAUAUGGCUUUCUCGAGGAGGCUAUCGAAGGUGAUGCUCCUUGGUUUGUCACUGUUGCACCUAUCGCUCCUCACAGCAACAUUGUUGCGCAUCCACCAAGUGGUCCUAUCAACGAGCUCGAGGUACUUGCCCCUGGACCAGUCAAUAAGUUUGCAAUCCCUGAGUACGCUCCACGUCACGCACAUCUGUUCAAGGACUACAAAAUACCUAGAACAGAAGGGUUUAAUCCCGAAGAGGUAAGCCGGAAGCUUGUUCCCAAGAGACUCAAUGACUCGAACAUCGAGUACAACGACGAGUUUCAGCGUGCUAGACUGCGUGCGCUGCAAUCAGUCGACGAGAUGAUUGAGCGACUGGUCAACCUCCUAGACUCCAAGGGUGUUCUCGAAGACACUUACGUCUUCUUCACCACUGACAAUGGUUUUCACGCUAGCCAGCAUCGCAUGCAGCCCGGUAAAGAGUGCGGCUACGAUACCGAUAUCCACAUCCCAUUGGUCGUUCGCGGACCAGGCAUUGCCGCAGGAGCUACCAGAGACAUCGUGACUUCCCACACCGACAUGGCACCCACUUUGCUUNNUUCUCUUGCCGGCGCAACCCGCAAUGACUUUGACGGCUUGGCCAUCCCUUUACUCACCAACACCACCUCCCCCCGUGGCGAACACAUCAACGUCGAAUUCUGGGGCAUCGGCCUUCCAGAAGGAAAAUUCGGCAUCGCAGAACCUCACGGAGGAUUAUCGUAUCCAAACAACACUUACAAAGCUUUGCGUCUGGUGAGCAGCAACUACAGUCUCUAUUACUCAGUGUGGUGUACCGGCGAACACGAGUUCUACGAUUUGCACGCCGAUCCAUCGCAAAUGCACAAUUUCUUUGCUGAUCCAAAGAUGGCUGGAGACUAUUCUCUUGCUGGAAGGUCAUGGCAGCAAGUGAUCUAUCGACUCGAUGCUUUGCUACUUAUUCUCAAGACAUGCAAAACAACCACUUGCAUUAAGCCAUGGUCUGCACACCACACCAACGGAACCGUGGAAACGCUUACUCAAGCACUGGAUCCAGAGUUUGACGCUUACUACAUCAAGUACCCCAAAGUAGGCUUUUCGUCUUGUGAGCUUGGGUAUAUCCCAGAGGCAGAGGGAAACGUUGAGAAUAUCCAGUUUGCAGCAGGUGUGGAAUGGGAACUUGCGGCUGAGCAACCCGCACGAAAAGGUCAGGAGCCUUUUCAGUACAGAGGUAGCUGGAGCGACUGGGUUUGA